AUGGUUGUCCGCACGUUGGCAGACCUCCGCAAGGAGGAUGAGCAGCGCAACAGAGAUGCGGAAACGGGUGAGGCCUUACCUCUUAUACGAGCUGAGACGCGGAGCACAGACAGUAGCAUUUCCAGUGGGGGUUCUGCCUCUGUUAGUAGGACGACAGCCUUGAGGGUGCUGGACUUGCUUUUUCCCUACUUCAGGCUGCGAUCUUUGCUGCUUCUCAUCUCUGUAGCAGAUUGGGUUGUUUUCAUUACAACGCUUGCCCUAGACUCGGAGAUGCCUCUAGUUCCAUCUAUUGGAAUCUUGGUCACUUUUGGCGCAAAUGUCCCUCCUUUGGUGGCCAAGGGCCAGGUUUGGAGGCUGUUGACAGCUUCUUUUUUGCAUGCUAAUUUGUUACACGUGGCCUUCAAUGUCUUUUUCCAGUUGCGAAUGGGAUUUGGCAUUGAGCGGCGGUAUGGCUAUUUGAAGUUCGCUCUGCUCUACGCCGCGGCAGCUAUCUAUGGCAACCUGCUCUCAGCAGCAGCACUUUUUUGCGGUACAGUGAAGGUUGGUGCUAGCACAGCAGGCUUCGGGAUGAUGGGGGUGGAGAUGGCCGAACUGGCACUGAGCUGGCGGCGACUGCAGCAUCGGGACCGUUUGCUGACAAACAUUAUCUCGUUCUUCUUGCUUAUGGGCCUCUUUGCCUUCACCCUUAACGGCGGUUAUAUCGACCAGAUGGGUCACCUGGGAGGCCUUAUUUGCGGACUAUCCCUGGGGUUUCUUUACAACAAGGAUAUGCAAGACAAACCACGGUGGUGGUCAUUCGCCAUGUGGUGUUCAGUCUUCUUGCUCGUUGCGCUUCCAGCAUCUUGCGUGCCUGUUAUCUUCGCUGUUAACAGGGGUUGUACUUUGUAG